AGUGUCAGCGCAAUGACCAUGGAGGGCCAGGUUCUCAGCGAUGUUCUGGAGGUGUCGGCGGAAAGCUACCCGACCUCCGAGAAAGAGGAGAAGGGAGGAGAGGAGGAGGAAGAGGGAGGCAGAGGAGGGAAGGCUGAUGCUGCCUCUGUCCCCGGGGCGGGCGUGGAGGAGUGUGAAGGCCAGGGUUCGAGUCCUGCGCGGGGGAUCAGCUGGCAAAGUUCUACCCUUGGGGGAGACAGACCUCCCGUCAUGAGGAAUGAAGACCUUAUGUUUACAUACUUCACUCUGUUGCGGCGUCUAGCCUCCACCUCGCGACUCCUACAGCGUUGGGUAGCGUCGUGGAUCAGCUUUGUGCUACUGUGGUGUGUGUUGUACAUCGUCUACUGGAUCUCUCACAGCGCUCACCUGGCCGGGAUCCUGCAGUUCCUCACGCCGCUGCUCACACUCGCUC